AUGGCGACGACACACAGGAUUGAUAAUAGUAGUGUGAACGUGACGUGUUGCUUGCAACCAGUUUACGGAGACCUUUUAACAAUUGUACAUAUACUAUUCCUAGUAGUAUUCAGUAUAGCUGGUAUCGUAGGCAACAUACUCGUGAUAACAGCUGUAAUAACUACACCACGUUUGCAUAUCAUUGCCAACUUGUUUGUUGUCAACUUGAGUGUAACUGAUUUUUGCGUCUGUGGAUUUUUUGAACCAAUGUAUAUGUAUACCCUUUACUAUAAUACGUGGCCACACGUGGAUACAUGGUGUCAAAUCAUUGGUUUCUUCACUAUAGCAACGUUUGGCGUAUCUAUAACAACGUUAAGUACAAUAGCGAUUAACAGAUAUGUUUUAAUCACGCGGCCGCCGGGAACUUAUCGUAAAGUGUUCAGCAGGAGAAAUAACUAUAUUUGGGUUGGAUGGACAUGGGUUUUCAGUAUCGUAUGGACAUUACUACCAGUCAUGGGAUUUGGCAAACUGGGGUUUAAUAGUGCUAUUGGUUACUGUGCGUAUAUCUACGGCGACGAGCUGACAUGGUGGUUUCUGUGUUCGGUGUUAGCGUUUGCAGUCUUACCAUGCGUUGUCAUGAUGUUUAUUGGGUACUUUCUUACAUUCCGUGCAAUAAGGUUGUCACGGCAACGUGUGCAGGCAGUGGCGCAAAAUGGAAUACAGGCGAACAAUACAUCUAAUUCGACUGAAGGUACAACGACAAAUAAGAACGAUGGCAAAUGGAGCAACACUGAGCUCAAGGUAACAAGACAACUAUUUUUCAUUUUUGCCGUAUUCUGCGUAUGUUGGAUACCCUACUGUUUUGCUAAUUUAUCGGACAGAUACCUGAUUGUUCCAAAAGAGGCUCAUCGAACAUUCGCGGCGCUAGCCUGGUUCAAUUCAUCGUUAAACCCGUAUCUUUACGCGUGGAUGAACAGAAAUUUUAGAAGCGCCUAUAAGAGAUUACUGUGUUGCAAGAAACUAAACCAAAGCAGCAAAGAAACAGAACAACGGACUGCGGGGUCGACAGGAACCGAUCCUGUGUGA